AAAAAUAAAAAAUAUAGUAAUUAAUAUGUCUACCAUUGUUUUCCCCGACCACCAUUCUGCAGCUGCAGAUGCUGAAGCUCUAAGAAAGGCUUGUCAAGGAUGGGGAACGGAUGAGAAGGGUAUAAUUGGAAUACUUGGAAGGAGAAAUGCAAUUCAAAGAAAGCUGAUAAGGCAAGCCUACGAGGACUUGUAUCAAGAAGAUCUUAUCAAACGCCUUGAGUCUGAGCUAUCUGGCGAUUUUGAGAAAGCUGUUUACCGCUGGGCAUUGGAUCCAGAAGACCGCGACGCUGUGAUAUUGCACACCGCAAUCAAGAAAACACCAACAAUCGACUAUCGGGCAAUAGUCGAAAUUUCGUGCACUAGUUCGUUCGUCGAGCUUCUAGCUAUAAAGCGCGCCUACCAAAUCCGCUACAAGCAUUCCCUAGAAGAAGACUUGGCUCAACGUACAACAAGCCAUAUGCGCACGUUUCUGGUUGGGUUAGUGAGCAUAUUUAGGUACCAAGGUGAAGAGAUUAAUGCAAGGCUAGCAAACUCUGAGGCUGAUAUUCUGCAUGGUGCUAUUUGUAAGGAAAAGGCAUUUACUCAUGAAGACAUUAUAAGAAUUUUGACUACAAGGACUAAACCUCAAAUUAUUGCAACUUUAAAUCACUACAAAGAUGAUCAUGGCACUUCAAUUACUAAGCAUUUGAGAGACGAGCAAUCUUGCGACUAUGUCUCCGCCUUACGCGUCGCUAUCCGAUGCAUCAACGAUCAUAAAAAGUAUUAUGCAAAGGUUAUUCGUCAAGCUCUGAACCGAGCUGGCACAGACGAAGAGUCGCUGACUCGGGUAGUGGUGACUCGAGCCGAAAAAGAUUUGAAGGAAAUAAAAGAGGUGUAUCAUAAGAGGAACAGUGUAACUCUUGAUCAUGCAGUUGCAAAAGACACUUCUGGAGAUUAUAAGGCCUUCCUUAUUACUUUGCUGGGAAAUUAAACCAAGAAUAGUAAUUAAAAAUAUAUCUACUUAAUUAAUUAUGAAAAUAAGUAAUUAUUAUUAAUUACAUGCAUGUUAAUUGGAGACUUUGUGUUUUAUUUGUUAUGCAUUGAUCCUUGGAUCACUUUUAUUUGAGUUAUGUUUUAAGAUAUUGGAACUAUUGAUUUUGAAUAUUUUAUUUCUCUA